AUGCAAUGUUUUAUGGAAUAUACCAGUCGUUUUAUGAAAAUGCCACGCCUAUCAAACUUAUUUGCGAAAUUAUUUAGCAUUAUGAUUAUUCAGAGGGCCUUUUUUGAAAAAUUCUCUAAUAAAUACCAACUGGUCAGGACAAAUAAAAUCAGAAUAAGGAACAAGAAGAUGAUAGACACCUAUUUAUAUGCUGUGUGGCUUGGGCUCAUUGGGCUGUCGUCUGCCCUUCUGGAGCCAACUCCCUUUCCCGCCGAAUUACAAGAAUGCUACGAAUACCGUGCUUACAAUAUGACACCAUCAUUUAAGGCUGCUAUGCACAUCCAAAACAUCUGCUUUAGGAAUUAUCAAUACAACCAAUUCGCCGCCGGUAAAGUUUGGUCCGGUCCCAAUAUCACACAAGAAGGUGUUAACUACAUAGAAAGCCUAUUUCGCCAGAUCCUCUUGGAAGCAAAACAUGUAGAGAAAUAUAAUAAACAUGGCGGAAGACAGAAGCGACAAGCGUUUCCGGGAAGAUUCAGACGCGAAGUACGGAGUCCUGGAGCUUUCCAGCCAUACGCAAAUUGCAUACAGCGACUUCAAAGCGAGUCGGUAGAGCCUGCCACUGCUGGACGCAAUACCUAUCAAACUAUGGCCGUUUUCCACACUGGAGAAACGCUGCGAUAUGCUCAUGGCGGACCCGCUUUUGCUCCAUGGCACAGAAUUUACUUGCUGUUGUUGGAGACAGCGUGUAGAGCCCCCAUUCCUUACUGGGAUUCUGGUCUUGACCACGAUAUGACGGACCCGACUAUGUCCAUUCUUUGGAGUAAUCAGUUCUUCGGUAAUGGAGACGGAGAGGUGAUGAAUGGUCCUUUUAGAGACAUGCGAACGAUUCUUGGAACUCCAGUUAUCAGAAACUACGGAACAGGUGACAGUGCCUUGUUUACCAAAGAAGGUCUGCGAGCUGUUUUAAGUCAAAGAAACUAUGCAGACAUUGCCGAACCUUUGUUUGGAGAUGCUUUCAUGAAUAGCUUAGAAGGACAUCACAACGGUCCCCAUGUCUGGGUCGGAGGUCAUAUUUCGGCCUUGAACUCUGCUCCAUGGGACCCAGUGUUUUACAUGCACCAUGCUUACGUCGACGCGGUGUGGGAACGUUUCCGGGAGCAGCAGGUAACAAACGGCAUUGACCCUGAAACAGACUACCCAAGAACCCCCCCUCCACCGGAGGGACACGCUGCUAACGACAGGAUUGAUUUCCGACCUUAUAUCAACCCAAUUACAAAUAUUUUUGCAAUGAGAAAUCUCAUUGCAAAUCUCGUCAGGUAUGAGCCUUUCCCGACAUGUGAAAACACUUGCAACAGUAGUCCGCAUUUAUCCUGCGACAGGGCUAGACGGAUUUGUGUAUCAAGAGAACGACCCGUUGCACAAGGGAACAUUGUAUCAGCAUCGUCUUCCUCUUCAUCGGUUGCUAUGGGAGCAUCUCGGGGGUCUGCAUUUAGGGUGGAGUCCCGUUCACAAGCUAGGGCUGAAGCAAGCGGACCUCUCCCCGUCGGUCAAAAAUUCCGCAGCUCCCCCGUGCAAGACCCACGUAAUGGAGCCGACACUAUUGGAACAGGACCCGCAGCUGCUCAAAUUCGGCAAGCCAGCGUCCAAGUUAGAGCGAGUGCAACUAGCCAAUCACAAUCAUCGACUCAAACCAGAGUUCGACGAGACGUGUUCCAGAACACCACAGCCCAUGGUAGCCACCAAUCCGUGUCUUCCCUUGAGAGAUCAUUUACAAAUACUUUUGUUUUGGACGGUGUCGUGGAUUUGAAACGAUGGGUCUACGUACCAGUGCGUAUUGUAUAUACUAGGUCUCCAAAUGUCCAAGGAGUAGACCCAACAUUACUUGGAAAUGCUGAACUCGCAAACGACGUUUGCCAAACAGCACAUUCUGGUGCUUCAAAAGUGUUUGUAGCUUCUAACGGUCUGAAUUAUUACGGAAACUACAAAGAGUUUGCCAUCAUAGACGAGAGACAACCAGUGUCUAUCACUACGACAGCAGUCGGGAUCAAGAAUCCAGAAUUCGGGGAAGGAGAAGUGUUGUUCACUUCGUACGAUUCUUGUGGUCGGCCAUGCCGCCCUCUGUGUCUGACGUCAGUCAACGGUCAACAGAAAUACAAGGCUUGCUCUGGAGCCUUCAAGAUCUCCUCUGCUGCUCCCACAAUGUACAGAAAUUCGUACAAAGAAGCCAUUGCAGCAAACCUGUUAGAAGAGCUUAAUAUGGUAGAUUCAGGUUCCGAUGCAUCAUCUCCUCCUGUGACCUUUGUGUGUGGAAAUAGUAACACUUGGCCUUGGAGCUAUUAAACUUUGUAUGCAAUUUUAUUAAUGUAUUUAAAUGGUGUAUGUUAAGAGUUUUGUUGAAAUAAAGAUAUUUUUGAU